AUGCGUCUGCGAUGUGAAGCGACAUCUACGGGGCAUCAGUGCAUUAGCGUGUCAGUGAAAGCUGUGGCUGUCACCUGUAGUGUGUGCGGUCUGGCCUUCGCAGUGCAGCCUGGGUCUCGCCUCAUCUACAGGAUGGAGAUGGGCUCCGUUGGGAAGCUGAUCACUGCGCUUGCACCAUUAGUCUUAUUCUUCGCUUCAUAUGUCUGCGGUCAGGGCAUGUCGUGGCGGACCAAUAUGCAGCGAGGCUUGUGGAAGGGCGCGUUGCCUUCAUGGACCUACGCCGAUCACGUCAGGAGGAUCGCGAGAGAAUGGAAAGACAUUCCAAAAGAACCGGAGUGCCAGUUCCCAUUCUACUACGAAGACAAGUGGCAGUACAAAUGUGUGGACAUAGACGGGAUACUCUUCUGCCCCAUCAACAAGGAGCCGCUGGUGUGGUCUGACACCGCCUGCUACUCCGAGGAAAUCACUUGGUACUGGACAGAGAAUGCUCAGUUCAUACAGGCCUUAGUUCAAAUGGUCUUUAAAGCAGAUCGACCUGAGAGUAAAAGGGUCUCAGGAUGUCCGGUACUCGAGACACUUGUACCCAAACCACUUGGUCCCCAAAUGCCUCCAGACCUGGACAUCUGGAGAAAAACCUUGGUUCUUCCACGGCAGCUACACAUGUUCAUUAUCUUCUAUCCUGCAGUGAAAUCCACGAACAACAUGGAAUGCAUCAUGCCCUUCGAACUGGGCGGCGAUAAAUACGAAAUCGUUCACUAUGCACCCCCCAAUAGUAAAUCAGAUGAGAACACUGGCCACCGCUACCGCCGCUCCGCCUCCAAAGACAAUGUGCAGUCCCAUCCACAAACAACACACUCUUCCAAUGGUCCUCGUUCCCUCAACUUGCUGCCUCUCCUGCUUCGUCCCUCGAUGCCAGACGUCUCUCCCAGCCUCCAGUCCUCUCCUUGUUCCAGUUACUCCUUCACGACGUCCUCACCUGAUGCUUACCACACGUUACCUGCUCCACCCAAAGUGCCUUUUUAUGCUUCACCUCCUCCAGCGCCUUGCUACACCUUCUCUACACCUCCCAAACUUCCCUGUGACACCUUCCCAACACCUCCCCACAACCCUGCCACACCUUCCCAACACCUUCCCCACCACCCUGCCACACCUUCCCAACACCUUCCCCACCACCCUGCCACACCUUCCCAACACCUCCCCCACCACCCUGCCACACCUUCCAACACCUUCCCAACCACCCUGCCACACCUUCCCACCACCCUGCCACACCUUCCCAACACCUCCCCCACCACCGUGCUACACCUUCCCAACACCUCCCCUUCCACCCUGCCACACCUUCCCUACACCUCCCCCACCACUUUGCUACACCUUCCCUACACCUCCCCCACCACCCUAGUCAUCCCCACGUCCCUCAUUGUCUCCACCUCCCCAAUUGUCCACUACAACUUCAUUGUUACAAUUAACUGCGUGGACUGUAUCCCGCCCUACCCGAAAGGACCAGGGCGUGUUGGAAUGUACGUCCCGAAGUGUGUGUUUCCCUUCAAGUGGAGGAACAUCACCUACGGGGGAUGCACGGCCGCGGACAGCGACCAACCUUGGUGCGCCACGAUGGUCACAGCCUCGCGGGAGCCCAUAGCCUCCAUGUACUGCUUUGUGGAUGCGCUCAAGGACCCAGCCCCCUCCAGACCCUCUCCACGCCUUCCACCAGGACGUCACACCCCAAUGUGUCUGUUUCCUUUCGCGUGGAGUGACACCAUCCACCGGCAGUGCACCAGACAGGACAGAGCGAUGCCUUGGUGCGCCACGAUGCUUUCUUACUCCCACGAGCCUCUCCAUUCGGUCUACUGCACCGACACCAUACAGGUCCCCCAGCCCAAUGUGCAGCCUCCCAUUAUGCCAAGAGGCAAGGCGUCCCCGCACUGUUUAUCGUCCUUCCGCUACAAGGGCAUGGAGUACUCAGGGUGCACCGCGGCGGACAGGGAGAUGCCGUGGUGUGCCGUGAUGGUCAACGAGGAGGAGGAACCGGUCGCCUCCAUCUAUUGCAGCUAUAACGCCGAGUUCGACCCAUUCCCUAAUCAGAGCCCUCCAGGACCAAGAAUAACUGCGGUCAGUCUGGAGGCUUGCAAGUUUCCAUUUUUGUGGCGGGAAAACGAGUUCAGUGAGUGCACAUCACUGGACGCUGAGGCCCCAUGGUGUCCCACUAGACUAACCACAACAAGGCUGCCCUUAUCAUCAGCCUACUGCAAGGACUAUCUGUACGGACCACUCCCGAGCAGAGCAGCUCCUUCCAUUCACGUCGUCACCGUGGACUUCGAUCCAUGCAUCCUUCCCUUUGUGUACAAGGGCGUCAGCUAUCACACUUGCACGCGCAUGGACUCCCCCGCCCCUUGGUGCGCCACGACGGUCAGCAACAAGGGAUUCGUGAAGAGGUCUCACUACUGCAUUGAUCUUGAUGACUGGCAGCUAAAACAAAGCAACAAGCCGCCCCCAGUCCAGGAAGACAACGACAACAAGAUACAGUGCACAUUCCCCUUCUACUACAACGGCAGGAACUACAAUCAAUGCACUGCUGUUCACUCCAGCUUCACGUGGUGCGCCGUGAAGACCAACCAGUACUACGAGCCCAUGAUGAUCGCUGCUUGCACUAAAGAUUCAGACGUCAUGAAGAGAAACAAAAAUCUUCCAGUCAUCAGACGCGAAGACAACAGCACAGCCCUGCCUCGCCCAUCUCCCCUCCCAGAGUCAGACGGAAUGGUCAUGACCAUGGACAACGGCCCCUGCGUGUUCCCCUUCAAGUACAAGGCUCGUGAGUACAAGGAGUGUGCCUGUGAGGACGCCGAGGCCUGCUGGUGCCCCACUGCUCUCACCGAUACUGGUGAACCUGCCGUCAGCGACUACUGCAGGGACACGCUGCUGGCGGCUCCCCCACUCAAGCCUCCGCCUUCCCUUGGAGGCACCAUAGAGGGUGAGUCUGAAGUCCGCCUAGUGGGCGACUCGAUGGUAGGUGACAAACUAUCAGAAUUUUAUGGCCGUUCUUCAAAUGGCCGCAGCAAGCGUUUCUGCCAUCCAGGUGCUGGACAAGAUGACAUCACUGCAGCAUGUGAUGAUGUCACCAGUAAUUAUGGUGUCCAUCUAAAUUUCGUAGGAGCAGGCCGCUUAGGAAAGCUGCUUUGUAAACAGGUUUCAGACAUCUCAAAAAAUAUCAAGCUAACGAACGACUCUAACAGCUUCAUCGUUAGGGAACAAGAAGCCAGAUCGAUCUUCGACUCAGGAAGCAUAAAAAAUUAUAUUAAUGUGCCUAGUCUCUGA